UAUAUGUAAUUAUGUAGUACGUAAAUAUAAAGCUUCUGUUUUUCCCGCUUGUUUAUGUAAUAAGCUUUUUAUGAAGUGUUUAAUUAACUUCGUUAACCUUCGUAAAGAAGAGAAUAUACAUUUUGAAGAACAGAGCAAAAGCGAUGAAGGAGAAAUAAAAUCAGAUUUUGAAGAUAACUUUCAAGAUGAACUACACGAUUUUCCUCAUGUUUUGAAAUUUAUUAAACAAAUGCGUGAUCAUAUUAAAAAGCAGAACAAGAAAAUCAAUAAAUUAAGAAAUAAACUAAAUGAACAGAGGAAUCAGAAGUUACUGGGGAAAAAAGAAUUAAUUGACUAUGGAACUCAAACAAAUCCUUUGGACUGUGAGAAAGAAUCAUAUUUUUUACAGAAUCAUAAUAGUAACGAUAAUAAAACAUCAGGUAGUAUAGCAGACCAAAUUAAAGAAGCAGCUGAGUCAGCUUUGUUACAAACUGGUUUUGUGUAUGAAGAAACUUCGGGUUUAUAUUAUGAUUAUAAUAGUGGAUAUUAUUAUGAUGCAAAACAGGGUUUAUAUUAUGAUGGUAAUACAGGCAUAUAUUACUAUUAUGAUGAAGCCAAAGGAACUUAUCAAUUUCAUAGCCAAGCACAAGUAUCUGCGAGCGAUGCAGCUUCACAAGUUCCAAGCAAGAAGGAGCAGAAAGCUAGAAAGGCGAACAAGGAUGAGGGGAAAAAACGCAAACUUGCAAAAACGGAAGAACCUUUGGAAGAUAAAGAACUUGAGGAGGGGGAAUGUUCAAGCAACGAUAACGACAGCAAUUCUAAUGAUAUUACGCCGGAAUUAUGUACUAGUAGUGACAGUGACCACGAGGAAGAUCAAGAUUUAGCCAAGAUAUAUCCACCAUGCAUGAGAAUCAUAGUUAAAGAAACCAACCUGCCUAAACUGAAAGUCGGAAGCCUCUUUGUUGUUGCAUACACAGGUGGUUCGAUUGGUCGAGAAGGCGAUCAUUCAGUAGUUAUACCAGACAUAAACGUUAGCAAACAUCAUGCUCGAUUGAUAUACGAUGAAAACAAAAAGAUGUAUCAAAUCAUAGAUUCUGGAUCGAGGAAUGGUACGUUGUUGAAUGGUAAAAGGCUGUCUGUAGCCAAACAAGAAUCCGAUUUCCACGAAGUGACGCACGGCUCAAUUAUACAAGUUGGAAGUACCAAAUUGUUAUGUCAUAUUCAUAAUGGCAAUGAAACAUGUGGCCACUGCGAGCCAGGACUUGUUCAACAAUGUAGUAGCACGGAGGAGAAUAAAACAUCCAAGAAAACACUUCACAAACAGGAAUUGAGGCGACUGAAGCACAAAUUUGGCGUGGAAAAGGAUAAUGUUACUGCUGCAAGUCAGUUAGCUUCAGGGUAUCAAGACAGAGCGCAAAGCAGAAGACAGUGCAUUGGUUCAUUGAAUCACCAUGCUAAAACGCAACAAAGUUCCAUGGACACAUCUAUAACUAAGGACAAUAGAGGAUUCAAACUAUUAUCAAAGAUGGGCUGGACAGAGGGUCAAUCACUGGGAAAAGAAGGGGAUGGCCGCACCGAACCGGUACUUAUGACGAAUAAUCCCAGCAAAACCGGUCUCGGCGCAACCAGCGAAUUUCCUACAAUCGAGCUAGAUUCGACGACAGAAAAGAAACAGGCUUUAUGGCGAAAGACACAACGGCGUUACAAAGAGAUCGCCGACCAGCCAGAUUAAUUGCAUCGUGCGCGAUGCACGUGACGACCGGAAACAGUUGCAUUUCUCCCCCGUGCGAGUCUUCUUGUCACGAAACAUCGAUUUCACUUUCGCAAUAAUCUGUAACACGUUUCCGGUUAAUCGUUCAAUUAAUACUUAUAUAUAUAUUUACUCGAAUGUGUUUGUAAUAUAAUAUUCGAGAAGAACUCGUUGCAGCUUAGUACAAAGUAAUGUUAUAAAGUAAGUAAAGUUAUACGUAUAACGCGAUGUGAAAACAUUCAGGAAUCCAGCGCACGGACUUUAUGUACAUUACAUUGAAUGCAUGCUAACAUUUUUACAAUAAAAGACAUGUUUGACGUGGGUGGAAACGGA